CGGUGAAACACCGUUUUAUAAAGUGCCGCAGCCUCUGCGUUGUUAUACAGACUUUGAUAUACCUACCUGUUCGUGAUUGCGGCACGCGUUCACGUGUUCCUGCUGCAUUUGUUGUUGUUGUUGCUACUGAAGAAAAUCUUUGAUAAAUUUGCGCGUUUUGACUCGCUAAUAAAUCGAACCGCGUGCCUUGACGUUGCUUUGCAAUAUCAAUAACAAGAACAAUAAGAUAUUUCCUCCUGAGUGUGACUGCAGUUGUUUUUGUCGCGUUACCGUUUUGAGUGCAGUAUAUAACAAUUUUAACUCCUGUAGUAUUAUCGUUAUUUUUGCAUCUUUUUACUUUAGUUCUUCUGUUUUAUUUUCAUUUCAUAUUUUUUUUUACGUACCGUUUGACAGUAUAUUUGUUGUUCGAUUGUGGUGUUGGUUGUACUAUAAAAAAUAAGAUAAGAAGGGUUGUGCUUUGGCUAGAUAAAUUACUGUAGUAGAUAUCUACCACUAUCCCUUGCACACUUAUAAAGACAAGUUUCGAGGCGAGGUGCUGAAUGAGCGAGUCCCGGUUUCCACAUACAGCGAGAUCAGAUUUGUUAAGGGAAGAUUGACGGUGUAAGGAUUGGCCAGGAAUCGAUCCUGAGUAGUGACGGCGCGAGUAUAGCGCGAGGGUUCCGUCGAUUCGAAUUGCAUGGAUUUUGUAUUGUAAUCGCGCCGCGCCGAGACGCCAUGGACGUCCAUGCCGGAGGGUGCAGCAGCUCGUCGACGACCGGCGAAGAGACACUCCGCGGCGUCGCGACGCCUUCCCCGGCACCGGCGUGCACCGCGACGCCGACCCCCGCUUCCGUCGCCGCGACGAGCGCGUCGGUAUCAAUCAACAACGCGGUGUCCAGCCCGUCGGUGCAGUCCCAGCUGCCCCAGUCUAGCACCCACCAGUCAGCGUCGGGGCCGAGGAUACUAAGCAGAAACGUCAACGGCACUCUCGUGCAGACUUCCGUGCCGCAGAACGAGGCCGAACUUCAGUUGUACCGCGUCAUGCAGCGUGCUUCUCUCCUUGGAUACUACGACACACUGUUAGAGAUGGGAGGUGAUGACGUUCAGCAAUUAUGCGAUGCUGGGGAAGAAGAAUUUCUAGAAAUUAUGGCACUUGUGGGGAUGGCCAGCAAGCCACUUCACGUCAGAAGACUGCAGAAGGCUCUCCAAGAGUGGCUAACCAAUCCCUCAAUGUUUCAAACGCCGGUAAUACCCUCGAAUCCUAACAGCAAAUCUAAUAUACCGAUGACUUUUCCGUGCAUAAGUCCGAGAGCGCAGUUCCCUGCCCAUAGUCAAACACAAUCCUCAUACAACGGGCCACUUUUACCACUCACACCUUUGCCGUGUCGAAGCUCCAGUCCGGUUGUCCAACCUCCCAGUGCCAACACGUCGACGGCUUCGACGACCUUUCGACACACACCGAGCCCAAGUGCUUCCGUAUCAUAUCCGAGUGCCCAAAGUCCUGGAGUCUUACAGGUAGGAACUUGCGAGUCCUCUUGUGGAAGCGGCACGACGUCGAGUCCUGGGGGUGCGAGUGGUGCUCCUGGUAGUCCAACGCAGCCCGUUCCCGCCCUUCUCCAGUCUCAGGUUCAACGGUUGUCGGAUGCAGCUGAACGACUAGCAGCUAGUUUGCCACCGCUCGACCCGAAGCCUCACAACAUCAAGAAGAAGAUCUGCAAAAACCUCGAGAUGGUGAUGGCGAUGUCGGAAAACGACCCUCGGCGUAUGGAUGAAAUCCGAAAAUACGCGGCAAUAUACGGAAGGUUCGACUGCAAGCGUAAACCGGAGAAACCUUUGACACUGCACGAAGUUUCGGUCAACGAGGCGGCAGCCCAGAUCUGCAAAUUUGUACCUGCGCUUCUCACAAGAAGAGACGAACUUUUUCCACUUGCCCGUCAAGUGGUGAGGGAUUCUGGAUACCAUUAUUCGAAGAGUCAAUACAUCUCGAUGAUGAGACCGCGAGAGAACGGCGAGGAUGCGGGUGACGGGGACAGGGUGAAACGGUAUCGUCUCGAUCUAGAGGGUGAGAGUGAGGAUUCCACGCAGGUUUACACGCUAAGGGUAGAGGGAAAAAAUCGAACCACAUCCUGCAUUUUAACGCCGCCGAAGACAGAACAUCACCAGGAAACCAGCUAUCACAAAUACGGAAAUGGGAUUUUCGGAUUUCGUGAUAAUUCGCGUCAUUCUUUGCCUAUCGACGAGUGAAAAACCUGGAAUAUCAAGAUACGUUGAAGCGACCCCAAUUCGGCAACGCUUUCCCGCAGAAUGAUAGUCGAACUAAUGAUUACGAGGAAUGUCCAGCUCGGGCGUAAGAAAUCUUAUUGAAGAAUCAACUAUUCUCCUAUCGAAUCGUACACAGAAUACAUGCUGAUCAUGUCUUAACGCAGCUACAAGAUACGCACAAGGAUCGUGGAAAACAGAAUUCAGUCAUGCUUCAUACCUUCCAGGUAAUCGAUACUUUUACGUUACGUAAAUCAGAAUUUCGUCUGCACUGGAUCGGUCAGUGCCGAAUUAGUACGUGUGAAAAUUUGCCUAUGUUGAUCGAAAUAUAUAAUUUCAAAUCAAGUGACUUCAUAGGACUUUUUUUUAAGGUGUGCACCUUGACUUCAUAAGGACAGAAUUUAAUUGACAUGUAUCGUUCCACGUUUGACUUACUGACGGAACGAAACAACAACUUGGCAUUUUUUCAAAUAAUUUGCAAUUAUGAAUU